AUGACGGGCACCCAGGAGCCAGACCUGCAUGAGCAGCACCGAGGACCAACGCAGGGGGAAGGGAAUGAGAAGGAGGAGGGGGAGAAGGUGCAUGUGUCCGUUGAGGGAGAGGACAGGGAGCAGGAGGGGGAGGAAGAGGAGGAGGAAGAGGAGAAGGAGGAGCUGCCGUACCCCGAUCUUGCACCAGUGGUCCUUUUGGCUCUGACCCAAACCAGCCCGCCCCGCUCCUGGUGCCUCCGAGCCGUCUGCCACCCAUGGUUUGAGCGUGUGAGCAUUUUGGCAAUCCUGCUGAACUGUGUGACUCUCGGGAUGUUCCAGCCUUGUGGCCACACCCCCUACUUCCUGCAGGCUCUGGAUGAUGGGAUCUUUGCGUUUUUUGCCGGGGAAAUGGUGAUGAAGAUGGUCGCUCUCGGGAUCAUAGGUCAGAGUGGUUACCUAGGCGACACAUGGAACAGACUGGACUUCUUCAUCGUUCUUGUGGGAAUGCUGGAGUAUUCCCUUGACGGACACAAUGUCAGCCUAUCAGCCAUCAGGACGGUCCGGGUUCUCCGCCCUCUGCGAGCCAUCAACAGAGUUCCCAGUAUGCGUAUCCUGGUGACGCUCCUCCUCGACACACUUCCCAUGCUGGGCAACGUGCUGGCGCUCUGCUUCUUUGUCUUCUUCAUCUUCGGCAUCGUUGGCGUGCAGCUGUGGGCGGGGCUCCUGAGAAACCGCUGCUUCAUGGGAGAGGAUGUCAAGAUGAGAUAUAACGUUUCCUUCCUGAGUGGCUACUACCAGCCGGACGGCACGGACGACCAUCCCUUCAUCUGCUCGACAGAUCGAGACAACGGGAUGCUCCGCUGCUCCGACGUUCCUCGCCGCCGCGUCGGCAGGUCGUUCUGCUUCCUGGGUCCCGGGGAGGCCCAGUCCGAGAUGGGACUGAUGGACAGAGAAGAGGAACCAGUCUCAUGCGUGAACUGGUAUCGGUAUUACAACGAGUGUCGCGCCGGGGAAGUAAACCCACACAAAGGGGCCAUUAACUUUGAUAAUAUUGGAUACGCAUGGAUUGCCAUUUUUCAGGUAAUUACUCUAGAAGGUUGGGUCGACAUCAUGUACUAUGUCAUGGAUGCACAUUCCUUCUACAACUUCAUCUACUUCAUCUUCCUCAUUAUAGUGGGCUCCUUCUUCAUGAUCAACCUGUGCCUGGUUGUCAUAGCAACCCAGUUUUCCGAAACCAAGCAGAGAGAACACGCCUUAAUGAAGUCGGAGCAGAACGCCCGGCAGCUCCACCAAUCGGCUUCCACACUGGCCAGCUACAGCCAACCAGGAAGCUGCUACGAGGAGAUCAUCCGCUACCUGGCGCACCUGGGCCGCAAGGCCAUGCGACGCCUCUCCCGCUUCUACGCUCAGACACGCCCACACUUUCACUGCAUGUGCACGUGCCACAGGAACCGGGGCGUGGCCUCUGCCAGAGGAGCCGGGGAGAUGAAUGGACUCGCCCACCGGCACUCAGGCCACGCCCCCAAUGACCUGUCCCACCUGCAUCAGGUUUACCAUCGCCACCAGCAUCAUCAUCAUCACCAGAAUCCUCAGCCUCAGCCUGAGCCUGCAGUCAGUAACGGAGGGAGUGGAUUUAAUUACCCCUUCAUCUCGCCCCUCCUGAGCAGCCAGGAGAAGAAAGCCCGGGAUCAGAUUCGGCUGACGGCCCCAGAGAACGUCAACAGGCUGCCUCAGCUGGUGCUGGAGCACGGUGGGUGCUCUGGGCAUCCUGCCUUAACGCUGCCAGGCGAAGUCCCGGGGGAUCCCUCGUCGUGUCCCUACUGCAUCUACUCCAAUCACCUCGGCGACGGCGAACAUGUUAACGAGCAGCCCGAGGACCAGCAGCUCGGGCACGGCAACUCGUGCCCUGGCAACAGCCCGUGUCACAGUGACAGCCCGUGCCAGUGUAGCAGCCCCCGCCGCGCUGAUGUUCAGGUGUUGGAGCCAAAGAGGAGGCUGCUGGAGCGCUGCUGGGCCGGCUUCAGCAACAAACUGGAAGUCAUUGUCGCCAGCAGAUACUUCAACAGGGGGAUCAUGAUUGCCAUCCUCAUUAACACGCUGUCGAUGGGCAUCGAGUACCACGAACAGCCUCAGGAGCUCACGGAUAUUCUGGAGAUCAGUAACAUGGUGUUCACCAGCCUCUUCAGUCUGGAGAUGCUGCUGAAGCUCAUGGCUCUCGGCCUCUUCGGCUACGUCAAGAACCCGUACAACGGCUUCGACAGCGUCAUCGUCAUCAUCAGUGUGUGGGAGAUUGUGGGGGAGGCGGAGGGAGGCUUAUCGGUGCUGCGUACCUUCCGCCUAAUGAGAAUUCUGAAGCUGGUCCGGUUCCUUCCGGCCCUGAGGAGGCAGCUGGUGGUGCUGAUGAAGACCAUGGACAACGUGGCCACGUUCUGCAUGUUGCUGAUGCUCUUCAUAUUCAUAUUCAGUAUCUUAGGGAUGCAUCUGUUUGGCUGUAAAUUCGGUUUGCAGCAGGACAGUGGAGACACUUUACCCGACAGAAAGAACUUCGACUCUCUGCUCUGGGCGACUGUCACCGUGUUUCAGAUCCUCACCCAGGAGGACUGGAACGCCGUGCUCUAUAACGGGAUGGCCUCCACCACGCCGCUGGCCGCCCUCUACUUUGUCGCCCUCAUGACCUUUGGCAACUACGUCCUCUUCAACCUGCUCGUGGCCAUAUUGGUUGAGGGCUUUCAAGCCGAGGGUGAUGCCAACAGAUCGGAGGCAGAUGACGAGAGACAGUCGCUCUCGUUUGAGGACGAGGAGAAGUUGAGAGAGUUGUACGCUGCAGAGCUCAAGAUCCAGUCAAUGAUGCUGAGUCCCAACGGCCUCCUGAACCCAAAGGCCUCCAUGCCCCACCUCACUGCUCCGUCUCUGCCCGUCAUCACGCACACAGCAGCCACGCCCACCAUAAAUAACGGCCAAUCGCGGCGGGCGAGCAUGACCUCCAUGGAUAUCUACAACCCGGAGCAAAGAUCACCGACUAUGUGGGACAGCGGGCCGGAGAGCCGUCGCUCCAGCUGGACGAGCAUCAGUCGAGCCCCCAGCCUCCACCGCAGGAGCCAGUCGGGGGAGAUGGAGUCGCUGCUGUCCGACACACACUCCAACUCCAACUUCAGCAGCAGGGAGCAGUCCCUGGACCAGGCCGACUACCUGCAGGUGCCCAUGCUUCACACGCCCGACUGCAACGGCACCACCUUCCGACUCGCCGACAACUACGACGACCCCCCCCUGACGACGCAAUACCACGGUGAUCAUGAUGAGGACGAGGUCGAAGAGAGUAUAUGUAAGAAGGUGAAGAAGAUCCUGGAGCCAUAUCAGCCUCAGUGGUGUCUGGAGCAUGUAGAGUGGUCCCUCUAUGUGUUUUCUCCACAAAACCGGUUCAGGGUGUGGUGUCAGAAGGUCAUAGGUCACAAGAUGUUCGAUCACGUCGUCCUCCUCUUCAUCUUCCUUAAUUGCAUCACCAUCGCACUGGAGAGACCAGACAUCCAGCCGCACAGCAUGGAGCGGGUGUUCCUCAGUGUGUCCAAUCACAUCUUCACUGUGAUCUUCGUUGGCGAAAUGCUGAUCAAGGUGGUAGCUUUGGGCCUGUACUUUGGAACCGGCGUGUAUCUCCAGAGCAGCUGGAACAUUCUGGACGGGCUGCUGGUGUUUGUUUCCAUGGUGGACGUCCUGGUCUCCAUCGCAUCGUCGGGCGGGAACCGGAUCUUAGGAAUCCUGCGUGUGCUGCGUCUGCUCCGGACCCUGAGACCACUCAGGGUGAUAAGUCGAGCUCCAGGUCUCAAGCUGGUGGUGGAGACUCUCAUCACGUCCCUCAGACCCAUCGGUAACAUCGUCCUCAUCUGCUGUGCUUUUUUCAUCGUCUUUGGAAUAUUAGGAGUUCAGCUGUUUAAGGGGAAGUUCUUCUACUGCGAUGGACUGGACAUCACUAACAUCACCAAUAAAACUCAGUGUCUGAGCACAGGAUACCGCUGGAUCCGCCGGAAAUACAACUUUGACAACCUGGGACAGGCGCUGAUGUCACUGUUUGUCCUGUCGUGUAAAGACGGCUGGGUCAGCAUCAUGUAUGAUGGCCUGGAUUCUGUCGGAGUGGAUCAGCAGCCAAUAAGAAACAACGACCCGUGGAUGCUGCUGUUCUUCAUCUCGUUCCUCCUCAUCGUCAGCUUCUUUGUGCUCAACAUGUUUGUGGGCGUGGUGGUGGAAAACUUCCACAAGUGUCGCCAGCAGCAGGAGGAGGAGGAGGCGCGGGUGAGGGAGGAGAAGCGACAGAAGCGCCUGGAGAAGAGGAGGAGAAGGGCCCAGGAGAAACCCUAUUACUCCGACUACUCCCCGCUGCGUCGAUCCAUCCACACCGUGUGCACCAGCCACUACCUGGAUCUCUUCAUCACCAUCAUCAUCUUCACCAACCUCAUCACCAUGAGCAUGGAACACUACAACCAGCCUAAGUACUUUGAGGAAAUACUGAAGUACUGCAAUUAUGUCUUCACGGUGGUUUUUGUCAUCGAGACCAUCCUCAAACUCAUCGCCUUCGGCCUGCGGCGCUUUUUCAAAGAGAGAUGGAACCAGCUGGACCUUGCCAUUGUGUUGUUGUCCCUCAUGGGAAUCGCGUUGGAAGAAAUCGACCUGAGUGCUUCCUUGCCCAUUAACCCAACCAUCAUACGCAUCAUGAGAGUCCUGAGGAUAACACGAGUGCUGAAGCUCCUGAAGAUGGCGACCGGGAUGAGGUCCCUGCUGGACACUGUGAUGCAAGCCCUGCCUCAGGUGGGGAAUCUGGGUCUGCUCUUCAUGUUGCUGUUCUUCAUCUAUGCAGCUCUGGGAGUUGAGCUCUUUGGAAAACUGGAGUGUUCCGAGGAGAACCCGUGCGAAGGCCUGAGUCGCCACGCCACCUUCGACAACUUUGGCAUGGCUUUCCUCACGCUCUUCAGGGUGUCCACCGGGGACAACUGGAAUGGGAUUAUGAAGGACACUCUGCGCGAGUGUCGGCCGCAGGAUCGCCACUGCCUCACCUACCUGCCCUUGAUCUCCCCCAUUUACUUUGUCACCUUCGUCCUCACGGCUCAGUUCGUGCUGGUCAACGUGGUCGUGGCCGUUCUGAUGAAGCACCUGGAGGAGAGCAACAAGGAGGCAGCGCUGGAGGAGAUGGAGGAGAAGAAGGAGCGGGAGGAGAAGAAGGAGCAGGAGGAGAGGAAGGAGAGGGAGGAGAGGGCGGAGGCCAACCGACGCCUCAGUGCGGUGUCUUUGAGCGGAGCCCCGGGGCUAAACGUGGAUGCACCUGCUCAGGUGCAGGUCGAGGACGAGGAGUGUUCCCAAGGCAACCUGCUGAGCAUGGGACGCAUGAUGUCUCUCCCCAGCGACAGCUACGUUCAGCCACUCAGAUGUUCCCCUCAUCCUCCCGUUGGCCACGAGGUUUACUCCGGCUACAGCUACUCAGGCUCCAUGUCGUCUCUGGCCUCCAGCGGCGGCGGCUCCAUGCUGCAGGUUCCAGGAGCUCUGCCGGCCAUCAGCCACGCCACACUGGGAUCCGGCCGCAGCUCGAGGCCGAUGAUCUGCCUCAGCACGGCCCAGAGCACCGAGAGACACUCCCCACGCAGACUCAGUCCUGCCGACAGCACGGAGGGACACAGGCUCAGUCCCGCUCACAGAAUAAACAGACUGAACUCGGCUCACAGUAUAGACGGAUACAGGUUCAGCCCGGCACAUCGGAUAGACAGACACAGGCUCAGCUCUGCUCACAGUAUGGACGGAUACAGGCUGAGCCAGGACCAUAACACAGACAGACCCAGACUCAUGUCCAGUCACAGUAUAGACAGACACCCGUCCCUCAGGCUGAGUCCCACCCACAGUGCCAGCAGACAUCCUUCUCAUUGGCUCAGUCCUGAAGACAGUCUGGACCGAAACAUGCUGAGUCCCUCAUACGUCCCCGACAGUUCAAUCCAGAGGAGACCAGCUUCCUUCCACACCGCCAGCAGACAGCUGCGAAGACAGGAGGCCGUGCGUGGUGACUCUGUGGAUCACGGCUCAGCAGACAAUCUGGCGGAGCCUCACCUUACUGUGCCCACUGUCUCUUCCACGCCACCACGCCAGCGAUCGUCCAGUGUGCACACGCUGAAGUACGCGCACCCCCAGAGGGUCAUCUCGUGCCGCAGCCCCAGCCGGAGCCACGGUGAAACCAAUGGACGAGAACAUGCACCUGAGCAGGCCGAUGGCGGUUCGCAGCCAGACACAGAUGUGGAGACAAGGCCGCAGAGCUUUUCCGGUCUGAAGGUUUCGGGCGGCGAGUCCAACCUAUCAGCUCCGCCCUGUGGCUCCAGAGGGCCCAGCUUUGGCCCCGCCUCCAGCACGGGGCCACAGGUGGACGACGCUGACGAGGAGGUCAGCCGCAUUAACAGUUCUGGUCCCACGGACUCACACACACAACUCCCUCCCAGCUCUUCACACAAAACCAGACACCUCACCCCGAGCCCAGCAGAGCACAGGAGCCAAUCAGUGUCCCCGGUGUUGGGCAGGAAGAGGAAGCAGAGGAUGAGCCCGCCGCCAGGGGAGGAGCCGGUCACUAUGGCGACCCAGCUGAUGGACAGCAGUGUCGAUCUGAGGAGGCGAACUCUGUCCUUUGACGCCACGAGCCUCUCGCCUAAUCAAGCAGAGGGGAGCUCCGUGGACGACUGA